UUCAUAAGAACUAAACCCGCAACCUGGAAUGCAGUGGGAACAGAGUUCGUUGUUGAAACUGUGUUACACAACAAUUAUAAGAUGUAAUUGUUGCCUUAAAACAGUGACUUGGUUAAAUUGCCUUUGAUAACAUUCCUUUUGAGCGAGAGUGAUGUAAGUCCCACGAUUCCUUUGAACUGCGUUGUCAGCAAAGCGACCUGCCGGCGUAACCGCCUGUGAUGUGGCUCAAAACACACCUUUGGAACAUCGGUGUAAUCGAAAGAGUACACCUUUUUGAAAUUUUUAUCCUCUGGCCUCAUUCGAUAUUCAAAUUUGUUCAUCGUUUAGUAAAUUACAGAGGGUUGGGUGAGAUUUAAGGUUCUCAAACAUGAUGCUUAUGAAGAUUGCUGUCCUUUGGGAUGCUGCACCAUGUAUGAAGUCUGGUAGAUAUUGACCGAUGUUUCAGAGGAGCUUACUGCCCCUAUCAUCAUGGUGAUAUGGCCUCUUAUUCAGAAUUCUGAUGAUGGAGGUGGUCAUUACGUAUCAGACUACGAGGCGCAACAUCCAAGAUGACAGCCAUCUUCAAUUUUUAGCAUGCCAACCUGAUGCCAUCACAACUGCAAGAGAGACUUGAUUACAAACACAUGUUUAGAAUCAUGCCCACGCUUUUGUUGCUGGGGCAAUGUUCAAAUCGAGUUCUCGUAGUUUCUCAUUACAGGUGUGUGUACAUGGUGCCCCUAGCCAGACAGUCGUGAUGAUGAUAAUCAAUUUACAGCUGGCAGGGACAUCGUUGUCGUGGUUGUUUUGAUACAUGACAGGUCCUCUCUAGGUUGUCCGCCUGCCAGAUUAAUUAAUUUAAUGAUGUAUGGGACCACCUUGCGCUAUUAGCAUGCUGUAGCACUGGCCUGUCUAAACAAAUACUCGAUCCUGAUCUGUCGCAAGACAUCGCCAACGUCUUGCAGCUACUGGAUAAUGAGACUGGCGUCAUAACCUGUUUUUCUUUUUCAAAUUAUAUGAUGUAAAAUAAUUCUCUGUGUUUAGUUUGUGACUUCUGAGAGGAGUCUAUUUGGAAGUAAUAUGACAAGGGGGAAAAGUUUUAUAAUGGGGAUCUUCAUAAUUUGUGAUCUGUAAAAUAAUAUUAGGGCGAUCAAAACCAGGAUGAGAUGGUCUGGGAAUGUAGCAUUCCUACGAGAAAUAACGCACAUGAUAUCGAAGUGCGAAAACUCGAAAUCAAAGAGACCUCUUGGAAGACGAAGAUGGGAGGAUAAUAGUAAAACGGAUCAUAUUUGUUAAGAUAUGCCUGCUUUAGAUUCAAGGUCAAGGGAGGCUACAUGUUACUUCUUAGUUAAUGUAUAUAACCUCUCAGUGUACAGCAAAGGCUGUAGACAUUGGCUUGUUUUCAGGAAUGAGGGCCCAGAAUAUUUUUAUACGACACAAAAUAUGUUUGAAGAAAGGGAUAGAGGACGUACUUACGCCAUAAUUUAUGUUCGGGGCGGGGGUUAUCAAUCUUUUUUUUCUCCCAACAUUCCUCAUCCUAAUCCCGUUGUCUGAUUAGCAAUAAAUCAACGUCGGAUCAGUGGUUGGUAUUCAACACGCUACUCUUCCUAAGAUACAAGGUACAUUCUGUAUUAUCCAGCGGUCUCUUUACUGCAUGGUACUACUUUGUUCUCUUGUGAAGUGUGUUCUUCCGCGUGCAUAUUAGCGAGUCAUGUGACAAUGGAACACGAACAGGGUAUUAUCUGAAGACAUGAUGUUAACCUAGUAGUUCACAGAAGUUAAGUGGCACGAUGUAAUGAGCAAUAGUUGACACGUUCGUGUCAGAGGAAUGAGUGUAAAAUCACAAGACGCGUGUCUGACAUGCUCUCACCCAAACCCUGCUCCUGGAUAUCUUGAGUCAAUUCUUGAUUUUCCUCCAUCUCUCCGAACAGAUUCUUGGAUUAUUUAGAGAGAUAAGUCACCCUAGAAAAACAACAACAUUCAUGAAUCCAUACAUUAACAAGUGGUUAUAAACAAAACUAUUUUACGAAUCCUGGCAGGGGUUCAAAUCCUGCUAUGGGCGUGGGAAUUUUUCUCUUCAUAACUGAAGGCUAUCACUCAGCGAGGUUCAUCAGCAUAGUAUGGUCAUUGUGGUGUCCAUUAUUCUCGAGGUGUUACAUUCGGACAGAUAACAGACAGUAUGGCAAAAAUGCAUUUUUUGCAGUUUCGUUCGAGAACGCACCCAACAGCUGAAUGCUUGUAAGGAGAAAUUUUUGAUCUCUGACCAUCGAUAUAUAUAUCGAUUCCAUCAAACCGGAAGCGAAUUUGCAUUUCCCGUGAUUCUGUGCGCGCAAGAGUGACGUAGAGGAAAAUAGCCUCAUGUUUUGUAAGCAUAAUUUGACUUGUGAAAUUAAUAUAUUUUAAUGUGAUAAAGUGUGAAUUUUAUAAAGUGAGACAUGUGUGCCAUCAGCUGGAUCUAUGAAAUUAAAUCAACUUCGUCCAUUGAGUGCCGUCAUCUAGCUAGUUGGUUUUUGCUGUGGAGUGGACUUGGUUGAGGAAAUAGAAGCUCUUUAUAAACACGUCAGAGGCUGUUUGUUGGUCCAUUGGGAGAUCAUAACACCGCUGCAGUCAAACAUGUCCAGCCCUGAGGGCCGCGCUGUGUCGCCACCGUCAACCCAGAAGCGGUACGUUCCUGAAGAAAACCUUUUGUAACUACCUACAACAAGUACAAGGCGUCACAACCCAAAAGGCCACUCUGACAUUUCAUCGCCGUGAGAUUCUGACGUCUGAUGAGGUUAGAUUUGGAGUGCGCUGAUGGUUGUGUGCCAGUCUCAGGAUGGUCGAAGGCCCUGGAAGGUCCAAAAGGGACAAUGCUUUGGCUCGCCUUCAAUCUCGGGGUGGUGUCGGCGGUUUUGGCGCUCCUCGACAUGUCUCUCUGCUCCUUCUACUUACCAAGCUUUGAAGAUUUUAAUAAGCAGACUUUUCGAUUACAGACACAAGUUUCCUAUUCGGUCUUGAACGAAGCGGUACAUCUGCUCUACGUUUCUCAGGGGAUUGUGGGCUGCUUGCAGUCCGCGGUGUGCGCUCUGCUGUUCUACAAAUCCGCUCGUACCUCGGCGGACCUACGGUGGUUUGCGGCGUGGCUGUUUCUCUUCACUGUCGUCAUCGUCUCGUAUCUGCGAGUGCUGAACGCGGCCUCACUCUUCCAGGAACCCGUUCCAGUCGUUAAUGUCCUGGCCAAGGGACUGCUCUCCAGUGUUCUGAACGUGUAUUUCUUGUUGGCGUCUCUGUGUAUGUACCAUCAACAUAGCCACCAGGAUAUACAGCCAAUUGGAAUCAUGUUGUGAUACAGAGUCUUCCUCGUGCACUCUCCUGUGAGUUCUUGUGAGCAGAUUCUUAAUGCAUUUGAAUCGUCAUUGAAUAAAUAUGGCAAGACGUAUUACUGUGGUGUUGGUAAGAAAAUCUGUAUGCAGGUAACUGGUUGCUUUACGAAUUGUAAAUAUCUAACGCUUGAAGUAUGGAGAAAUAACUUAAAACAGAAUAAAACUAGUCUGGAAUUCAUGACAUAUUUGUUGUUAACUCUGCUUUUAUAAGCUGUUGAUUGUCUUGGCUAUGCAGUUUGUUGAGAGACAGCUGAGAUAAAUCGGGCAAGAAAUACUUAGUGUUGUAAGAAUUCAGCUGAAUAACUGUACUUUCAAUGUUAUGAUGUACUUGCUAACAGCUUGAAGUUACCAGUUCUUUCAAACCAAGUUACUGGCUUCUGGAACUCAUUACGGGAUUGCUUAAUUGGAUAUGUUAUAAACUAACGUAAAAAGCUUUG